CAAAAAGAAAUAUCCAAAGAUGGAGAAGAGAGAUAGUAGAAAUAAAUCUUCUACCUCAGUGGGAGUGAACCUAGUCCAUAUCCAAGGUUUUACCUUUGCCAAGCCAAAUCUGUACCAGUUCUCUCCGAUUACAGGAGAGUUCAUCUACGGGAUAGGCUCGAAUAUAGUUGUGUAUGACCCUGAAGAGAAAAAGCAAAAGGAGUAUCUUAAAUAACUCCAAGGGACUUCCUUUUUCGUGCUUUGCUUUCUCCCAAGACGGUGAGGAUCUUUAUACUGGAGAAUAUAUGGCUAAAGAAGCAUGAAUACGGCAUUUUAAAGUUUCAAAAGCUGGGGAGAUCACUCCUUCAACUGGGACUAUCAAAACAAAAUUUAGAACAAUUGAUGGGAUCAGGAUAAAUGAAAAGAAGAACUUCCUUGCAGUUUAUGGGACUAUUAAAAAUUCUGAGAAGAGGGAUAUUAAGAAGAUUGAAAUCUUUGAUCUAGCCAAAAGAUCUCCAAUUGGGAGUCACACUAUCUCAUAUAAGAUAAGGAACAUUGUUUUUGUGCGUGGCAUUUUAUAUGUCUUGUCGAAGGAUACUGUUUAUGAGAUAACUACCAAAUUCAAGGCAAGGCCCAGAAUUAAGAAAUCCUUGUCUGGAAAGGGUAGGGUUGCGAUGGAUAUGGUCGAUCACGGCUUGAAGUUGUUGGUUAUAUUGGAUAAUUGAGAACUUUUGGUACUGAAUACAGCAAAGAAAGAGCCAGAUGUUACUCUCGAACUCCCUCUUGGAGAUGUCACACCUGUUUCGAUUGAGAAGUUAGGUGAUAGUUUAAUUAUUGGAUGUACUAAUGGAGCAGUGUUUUACUCGAAAUAUGAAAAGAUUCAAGAGCCUUUAAAGCUUCCAAAUCCGCCCUUCCUUGGUGAAAAUUCGACUGAAACUCCUGAAGUGCUAGAAUACCCAGAUACUAGAGUUGUCAAGGCUUUUAAUAACAAAAUAGCAGUCCUCUUUAGUGAUAAGACAAUGGUCUGGUAUGAAAUCUCUGAAAAUGGUGAAGUUAGUAUUCUCCAUAUCAUCAAGAGUCAUUUUGGAGGGGUAUAUAGCAUUGAUUGAUACCCUGCUACAGCAAGCUCAUACCAGUUUGCUUUCCUUACUGGAUCAGUUGACCGAACUUUGAGACGAUGGGUUGCUAAUAUUGAUCCGAUUGACCUUUCUUGUCAAAUUAAUGAGGACAAGGUAGGACUUCUCUGUGAUAAUUUUGACCACUUGAAGUCUAAGACUGAUCAGGAUGAAGAAGCUGAAUUAGGAAGAAUUAGAACCAUAGCGAUGAGCAAAGAUAAAGAUCUCCCUCAUGUGAUAUGAGGAGAUUCGGAAGGGUAUAUGUGGAUAUUUGAUGCACUAAAGCUGUCACUUAAUAAUAUCUAUGAUGUUCACGAUAGCGAGAUACUCGGAAUAGAAUUCACGAACAUAUAGAAGAUUUUAAGGACAAGAGAUAUCAAAAAGUUGUAACCUGAAGUAAAGAUAAACUGGUUAAAGUCUUCGAUGCCCAGCAGAGCUACGAAGAAAUUAAGUCAUUUGACUAUCACAAAUCUGCAGUUGUGGGAGUAAAAAUUAUGGAUGAUCCCAGAAGUUCAGAACUUAGAAUCAUUUCAGCUGAUGCCAAGGGAACUAUUCAGACUGUGUCUGUAGAUGAAGAACUUGAGUUUUCAGUAAAUGAAGAGUUGAUUAUACCUGAAGAGAAAAUUUAUAGUAUGGCUUCUAACGAGAGUAGUAUAAUUAUUGGGACAGACAAAAAGCUCCAAGCUGGAACUUGUAGGGAAGACAACACCAUAGUAUUGUCUAAAGAUAUUGCUCCAAAGAGUUCUACUCCUAAGGAAUACAUUAAAUUAGAGACAGAUGAUGUGUCUCUCUAUUUGAUCGCAUGCUCGAAGAAGAAGCGAGAUAUUAGCUUCAUUCAGCUAAAGACAGGUACUGUAGUGCAUACAGUCAGCUGUGGAGAGGUAGUCACAGGUAUAAAAUAUUCUCCGGAUUAUAAAUUCUUGAUAACCUCUACAAGCACUGGGUGAAUAUAUAUCUGGAAUGUUCCAUCAAGUAUUCAGAAUGAGAUUAAAUUUAAGAUUGGUCAAAGAAGUUUGAGGAUUACUGAAGCUCCAAUUCCUGGUGAUGCUCUCAAGUCAGAAGAGUUAAAAGAAGCUGUUGAUCCUGACUUCAAUCUUGCUGAUGUUGGAGGAUCAAAUAUCUCUCAUAAUCCUCAUGAAAAGGAUAGGAAAGAAUGGGGGAAUUCACAUUCGAAGAACGAAACUGAACCAAGAGGCUCUAUGCCUGACUGGGCAAGAUCAACCGUUAAUGUUAUGGAUAAUCAGGAAGAGCAACAAAUAGAGGACACUUUCACAAUGAGAACCAAAGAUAAUGAUCCUUUCGCAAAACUCAAGCAGACUGUCACGGAUGAUGAAGAAGAUAAUAGCGAAGAGGAGAAAACUAUUCAAAUCCAGGAAGAAUAUAUGAUCCCUGUUGACCCAAGUGAGACCCAAUCUGACACUGACAAUGCUUUCAAUUUUGAGAAAGCAGUGAAUCCUAAGAGAAAAACAAGUGUGAAAGAUCUGAUAAGCAGGCCAUCUCGGAUUGGGGAUACUCUAAGAAAUAGUGUUUAUGAGAGAGAUCAGAAGCGACAAUCAGUUGCUCCCAAUAUCUACACCUCAACUGUGUUAUCACCAGAAAAACCUUUACUUGGAAAACCUCCUACACCAAAUAUUAUUAAAGAGGAUAAAGAGGAAGAUGAUCAGAGCAGUUCAAUGAUGAGCAAGAAAUCUUCAAGAAAAUAUCAAGAAACCAAAGCCAAGAAGUUAGAAAUGACAAAGAAAAAUAAGAAAGAAUCCAGGAACAGGAAUCCAAAUUACGUCAGAAGUCAUACACAUAAUGAAGAAGAUCGAUCAAAGGGGACCUUCAAAGCAUAUGCUGAAGAUGCAUCAGGGGAUGACAGUCCUGUUAUUCAGAGGAAUUCUGUUUUAAAAGCAUCUAGAAUGGCUCUUACAAAGUCCUCGAAGGGUACAAAAUUAGAUGAGUAUACCAUUACUACAAAGAGAAAUAUGGAAGGACUCAUACAGGAAAAUCUCCGGUCUGCCUUCCAAUCGAUCCAAGCAGCAACAGAUCAGUUCAAUUUGGCAGCAGAGAAUGGAGAUGAAGUAUCACAAGAGACAAAGGAUUUAAUGCUGAUAUUGUCUACUUCGAUUUCAGGCUUACAGUUUGCCUCAUAUAAUGCUUUAUGCCACCAGAAGGAUAAAUAUUAAUU